GCUGUGCAAGCUCUCAGAAAGGACAUUAGCUGGGUUAAUUGUUUUUACCGUGUUUUUAAAUAUCAAAAGAUCAGAGCCACAUAGUAAAUAAAAACUCAAUAGUGGAUCAUUUUAGCCAAAAAUGUAGGCAACUUUUUUUGGACAAAUGGUAAAAGAAUACCUUUUCUCAGACUUUGAAGGACUUUUCCCCUCUAAACCAUUUUAUGUCAUUGAAGUUAGAUCUAUCACUCAGUUCCAUGUCUCAGAACACGUUUGCCUUCACAUCAGCCACGCUCCGCUCUCUGCGGGUAGAACAGGAGCUGCAGGACUGGGAGGAAGCACGAAGGGCACUGGCUCACAGGAGGGUAAUGAGUAGGCAACCGCUGCCAGCCGCACCCAGGCUCAGACACGGGACAGAAAAGAUCCAGACGGUACGGGCUCCUCCACCUCAGAUCCACUGCAGAGACCCGGCUGUCCACAACACAUUCAUGUGUGGAGAUAUGAGGAGUGUGUACGCUGUACUUAAGGAACCUGGUAUGGUAAAUGCACUAAUGGAAAUCGUCCAUGAGGAGAUGGUGUGGACUCCAGAAAUGGGCAUGUGGACUCUGUCCUCCAAAGUGAGGCAGACAUCUGGCCUGCGCCUGGCUGCCAGCAGAGGGCACUACGGAUGUGUGGAGGAGCUGUUAUUCCGGGGAGCCGAGGUGGAUGCUGACCCUGGAGGUCGAACAGCACUCCAUGAUGCCUGUUCUGGAGGUCACCCUGGGUGUGUAAAGCUGCUGCUGGAGCAUGGAGCUGACCCCGAUCUGCUGACAGCGGAUGGGAACGCACCCCUUCACCUGUGCAACACUGCCGAGUCCUAUGCCUGUACAGAGCUGCUUGUCAGCAUGGGUGCAGAUGUGAAUGUGGCCCAGCGUGACUCGUAUCUCACUCCACUACACUUGGCAUGUCGAAGGGGUCUGGAGGAACAUGUGGAACUGCUGCUUGCCCAUCGGGCUGAUGUGAUUGUGCAGAACCGGGAGGGUGAGACGCCACUGAAUGCUGCAUGUGCUGGAGCUGAGAGGCCAGCUGAGGCUGCGCGAUACCUCGGCGUGGUGCAGAGACUGCUACGAGCGGGAGCAAAAGCACACACUGCAGGCAGGAAGCAGCACACUGCACUGCACAAUGCCUGCAGUAACUGCUGCUCUCAAAUUGUUGAUAUUCUUCUUCAGCACGAAGCUCAGGCAGAUGCAGCCAACUGUGCAGGAUACACACCCAUGGACUGCCUGCUGCAGGUGAUAGAGGAUUAUCCAGAGCAACACCCUGAAGUAAUUGCUCGUUCACUUCUCAACCAUGGAGCAAAGCCUCCUUCUAGCAGAAUGUUGAAGUUGUGUCUACUCUCCCCUGCCACUCUGGAAGUAAUGCUGAACUGCUAUCCAGUGGUGCCAGACUGCCAGGACUGGCUGCAGGAAGUCCCGGAUGAACUACUGAAGAAAAACAAGUGUUUCUUUGACUCGGUUCGCCGAAUGAAUGGGCAGCCCCGUACACUCCAGCACCUCUGUCGAUGUUCCCUGAGACGCAGUUUGGGUGCACGAUGCCACUCCACCAUCGAUAAACUAAACAUCCCAUGUGCAUUAAAAGAGUACCUGCUGCUGAUGAUUACAGAAGAGAUCCAAUAAGACAUGGGGAGAAGAACACAGACAAAAACAUGAACUCUGGUACAAAUAAUAAACGCUACAAAACCAUAUAACCAUGGAAUGGUUUGUGUGGAUAAUCUUUUAAUUAUUUGAACCAAAUGAGGGGGGCAGGCAAAUGACCAUAAGCAUGCUUAAUGGAUUACAGCACAAUAUUAUUAAUGUCUUUCAAUGUUUUUGCAUUUUUUUAUUUGCUAGUAAUAUGGUUGUUUUAUUAAGAUUACUGAUUCACAGAUAGAAUUUUAUUGUUGUUUUACACUAUAACAAACAUUGAAUAUCGAGCAUCUGCAAUACAAGCUUAUCCCUCUUAUCUCUGACAUUAUCAGUUACUGUAUGUCCUUUGAUGAUU